UAUGAUUGUUCUUCUGUCUCGAUAUUUUUUUGUGUUUGUGUGUUUUUAAUUGUGAAAAACAAUUGUUGCGGUUUUAAGAAGAAAGCCAAGCCAUAAAUAACAUCAUCAGCUCGUACAGACAACCAGAUUACAAAUCGUUAACAAAAUUCAAACGUAGUAACUAUCUCCAGAGAGUGAGUUAGUUUAUCGUGAAGAUAUUUAAUUUAAUGGUUACUUCUUGGUUAACUCACAUAUAACAACAUUUAAAACAUAUUUUAGCUGGUUAAUAAAUUUAACUGCCUGCGCAAACAGUUAGUUGUAUGUAGCAACAAGCAAUAACUAGCUAUAUAAUCGUAUCAAAACGUCAACAAGGACUGCACAUAUCGUAUCGUUACGUUCGUGUUGGUUGACAACGAAAAAGUGAAAUAAUGUUCGUCGCUACUUUAUUUAUUAUAUUAUUAAUGCAGUGUUGUCGAAUAGUUGAACCCGCAUCACAACAAGCCUCACAAGCACCAGUGCCAGGACGACCACAAUUUGAUACAAAACCAUUAUAUUCACAUAGUUAUUUGGCAGCCAGCAUGCAAGUGAUAGCACAUAUCAGUGAUUUAAUGAAAUUUGAUUUAGGCGCUGUAUAUAGACCGCAGAAACCGACAAUGAAGCCAUUAAUGGUAACAUCUCCCAUGCCAGAAACAACUUCACAUCAUAAACCAGGAAUCUAUGCUCCAUCAUCACGUAACGAUAAAAUCGGAAAUUAUGAAACAAAUCAUCUUACAAACAAUUUAAUAUAUUUAGCAGAAAAUCCACGACGUAUUCUACAACAAAUUAAUCGUUUCAACGAAGACGAAGAUUUCGAUUACAGCAAUGACAAUGAUUUUAAUUUAGAAAUAUUCGCGAAAAAUUACGAUGAUGAUGUGAAUGAUGAAUUUUUACGUUUACCCAAAAAUCCACCAACUGGUGCUUACGUAACACUUCUUGGAUUGUACGAUGUACUGAAUAAGGAAGCAAAACGUAUUGGUUUAAAUCGUUACAAUGGAUACACGAAUAAAUUAUUGGAAGAAUUAAUUGAGCAUUCUUCUGGUUCAGCAUAUGAUCAAUUAAAAUUUGUUUUAACAAAAAUGAUCGCAGCACAAGACUCACAAACAAGUGAGUUGGUUGUUAAAACGAAAAAAGUCUUAGCGGAAAUGGAUAAAGCAGAUGGAACGAUUGCGAAUGCUAUACGAUAUUAUCCACCAUUAUCGUUCGCCGAAUAAGAAUUGUUUUAUAGUUUAGGUAGUUGUCUUGCUAUGGGCGUAGAGUCAGAAA